CGCCGCCACCACCGCCGAGCCCGGAGCCCCAGCCCCUGCCCGAGUCGGCUCUGCAGAAGCCCACCGUGCUGCUGGCCAUCAUCGCUCGCAACGCGGCGCACACGCUGCCCCACUUCCUCGGCUGCAUCGAGAGGCUGCACUACCCCAAGAGCAGGAUCGCCCUCUGGGCGGCCACUGACCACAAUGUUGAUAACACCACAGCAAUCCUUAGAGAGUGGCUGAAGAACGUGCAGAACCUCUACCACGAUGUGGAGUGGAGGCCGAUGGAAGACCCCCAGUCUUACCCAGAAGAAAUUGGGCCAAAACAUUGGCCAAGCUCCCGAUUCACUCAUGUGAUGAAACUCCGACAGGCUGCCCUGCGCGCUGCACGAGAGAAGUGGUCAGACUACAUCCUGUUUAUUGAUGCAGAUAACUUACUGACCAACCCACAAACCCUGAACCUGAUGAUAGCAGAAAACAAGACAUUGGUGGCACCGAUGCUCGAGUCUCGCUCUCUCUACUCUAACUUCUGGUGUGGCAUCACCCCCCAGGGCUAUUACAAAAGGACCUUGGAUUAUCCCCUGAUUCGGGAAUGGAAGAGGACAGGCUGUUUUGCUGUCCCGAUGAUUCAUUCCACGUUCCUCAUUGACUUGAGGAAAGAGGCCUCCGCCAAGCUGAUGUUCUACCCCCCCCACCAGGACUACACCUGGAGCUUUGAUGAUAUCAUGGUCUUUGCCUUCUCCAGUCGCCAAGCAGGAAUACAGAUGUUCAUCUGCAACCGUGAACACUAUGGUUUCCUUCCCAUGCCCCUGAAAUCGCACCAGACGCUGCAAGAAGAAACAGAGAACUUUGUGCACACACUAAUCGAGGCUAUGAUUGAUCGUCCUCCCAUUGAACCGUCUCAGUACGUCUCUGUUCCUCUGAAGAACCCUGACAAGAUGGGAUUUGAUGAAAUUUUCAUGAUCAAUCUGAAGCGUCGGAAAGACAGGCGGGAUCGGAUGCUGCGCACUCUCUAUGAGCAGGAGAUUGCAGUCAAGAUAGUGGAGGCUGUGGAUGGAAAAGCACUGAACACGAGUCAGCUCAAAGCUCUCAGCAUCGAUAUGCUCCCGGGUUACCGGGACCCAUAUUCCUCCAGGCCACUAACCAGAGGAGAGAUCGGCUGCUUCCUUAGUCACUAUUACAUCUGGAAGGAGGUCGUAAACAGAGAACUGGAGAAGACGCUUGUUAUUGAGGACGAUGUGCGCUUUGAACACCAGUUUAAAAGGAGGCUCAUGAAGCUGAUGGAUGACAUUGAACGAGCCCAGCUAGACUGGGAGCUGAUCUACAUUGGCCGAAAAAGGAUGCAGGUGCAGGAGCCUGAGAAAGCAGUUCCCAAUGUCAUGAACCUGGUGGAAGCUGAUUACUCGUACUGGACCCUGGGGUACGCAAUCUCUUUCCAAGGGGCUCAGAAACUCAUCGGAGCUGAACCUUUCAGCAAGAUGCUGCCUGUAGAUGAAUUUCUGCCAGUCAUGUACAACAAGCACCCUGUAGCGAAGUACAUGGAGUACUAUGAGUCCAGAGACUUGAAAGCCUUUUCAGCAGAACCCCUGCUUGUUUACCCCACCCACUACACAGGGCAGCCAGGCUACCUCAGCGACACAGAGACCUCUACAAUCUGGGACAACGAGACCGUGUCAACGGACUGGGACAGAACACACUCCUGGAAAUCCCGGCAGCAGGGCAAGAUCCAUAGCGACGCCCAGAACAAGGAUGCCCUGCCUUCCCAGUCAUCUCUCAACGCGCCGUCCUCCAGGGAUGAGCUAUGACUGCCCGCUUCCCCUGGGACUCUGUUUGCAGCUGAACCUGCCUCACACUCUAGCUUUUCACCCUUGAAAGUUGUAGAGCAGCUCUUCAGGUGGUCUCCUUCCCGCUGCUUCGAAUGGCAAAGCGCAGUGGUUGGACCUGACAACUAACCAAGCCGCUUAGGACUGGGUGGGAGAUGAAGGAGGAAAAAGAACAAGUGUUCCAGACCGGCAGAAAAAAGGCAGAGGUCUGAACAAAAGCCCUCGCAAGCUUUUGUAAAAAAAAACAAAAAACAAACAAACCUUGAAUGACGUCUUUCUACAGUUCCUAGUGUAGAACACUGUAUUUAUAAAGAUUAAUAUAUAUAGAGGUGUACAAGUGUUAAUACCUUUCUGGAUAGCUGUAACUGGGCUGCUGUGUAACUGUUACUCCUUGUAGGUUUGUAGGCUUUUUAUAACCCUGUUCACUGAGAGAAACUGCAGGCAAGCGUUUGGGUUAUUUGGUUUUGUUUUUCAAAGGGAUCCCUGUCAGAAUCAAGAUGGUUUCCAAAAAUGUUCAGUGCACUGGAGCAGCGCUCCUCUGUCGUGUCUUCUCCCUCAUCACACUUCACAGAAAACUAUUGCUGGCUUCCCCUCUGCAAAUUUCAAAACUUGCUAGAUCCCAUCUAAAGAGGCCUCUCAAUCCAGAACUGAUGUCUUGGUGUGUCUAAAAUCUUGGAAGCUCGCAGAGAAAGUGGAGGUUGCUGGUUUUAUUUGUCUCUGCGCUGCGUGAAGGGAACACAGGCGGAGUUAGUCCGUGUCAUGUCCUGCUUCACCUCCUGCCUCAAUUUAUUCCUUCAGGAAAACAAAGCCUGACAACCUAUUUGCAGGCCUGUUUAAUUAGGCCAUAAAACCAAGUGUAGGACUUCUAGGAACUUUACAUUUUAAAAGUUUGGUUAUGAACUGCUUGACACUUUCUUUAUAAAAACAAAACAACCGACAGAAAUGUUAGUGUUGUCAGCUGUUCUCGACAGCCUUGAUAGAAUUGCGCAUUACAGGACGGAAAGGCAACUUGCCUUGAUAUUUUUUCAUGUGAGGAGCAAACUUGUCUCUUUUUUUGGAUGAGUUCCCAUGUACUUGCUGUUGGCUAACAUGUCAGCAGAGUAUGGUGUUUGUGGUUUUUUGGUUUUUUUGGGUUUUUUUGUUUUUGUAAAUGUUUCUCAGAGGCCAGGUGAUCACGGACUGCACUGCUUAGGUUAGCUGGCACGGACCUCAAGCUGCAGGCUGCUGUUGCAGUGGGAGGAUGCCUUCCUGGACUUGCAGUCUGGAGACUCACCUGCUGGCAGAUCUGUGCAGUUGAGUAUGUGUGGCUGGUUUGG